AUGCCGUCGCCCAAACUCCUGUAUUCGGUGGGUUUACCUGAAUUUUAUGCUGAUGGCUUUGCGUUAGCCGUACCACCCCCGCCACCGGCAGACAUGCCUUCACCCUUCCUUGCACGUCGGCAGGAAGGGAGUAGUGAAGAACAAGGUAAAGAGGAAGAAAGCGUGGGAUUUACUCCGAGAAACUUCCUAGUGGCACCCCAUGUGUCACAGGCCACUCCUACCCCAAGCACCACAUUGACGUCCAGCGAUCCAUGCACAGUUUCCGCCCCUCAUGUGCACGUCUCGGAAACCUUGUCAGAUCACCUAGGGCCAUGCACCUCAUCCACGCAGAGUUUUCAGACUCCGAACAAUGCGACAGCAGGCACCUCUAGCACAACGCCGACCUACGAGCUGGCACAGCUGUUGUGUGAUGCCGUGAUGAAGUGUUACAGACGGGAGGAUGAGCUUCGGCAACAACUGCGAAGGGUGGAUGAGGAGAAAGAGGACGGUGGGUGGCGUGCAUAUAACAGUAAAUUGAACAGCAAGGAAGUGGCACCUCGUUCAGGGGCAUUUCCACGUAUGGUUGAUAGCAUCCACUCGCUGAAGUGCAGGCGCCGCCAGCAGGUGCAGUUGAACGAAAAUCACAUGCUAAACGUGACGCGGGUGAGGGAGACACCCCAACUGGUGAGGGAUGCAGUGCAAUAUGCUCAACAGCUUAUCGAAUGGCGCUCUAACAGCGACGACAACUCUAACAUCAGCGUUGAUCCAAUCUCGUCUAACACGGAGUUCCCAAACACAGAAAAAAGACAUCAGCACGGACGCGCGGAGCCGCCAACUCAGCCAAACCACCCAUGUGGUGAGGGUCGUGAUUCUAGUCAUAUGCUUUAUGCAAAGUAUCCACCUCCACUAUUCCAUACAACAUCAUUCGCCGACGGUGUUACACGGCUCCUGAGGUGGAUUCGAACAUGGCAGCGAUCAUCCUCGGCAGCUGAGGCCGCCGAACGGGCCCCCAAUGGGAGAAGAAACUUGAAGAGAAAGAGAAACACUACGACGGAAACGGAGUCCAAGAAAAGAGCAAUCUCUUCAACGGGGUUUCCAGCUUCCAACGAGGUGGAUCUGAAGGGGCGUAAGCAAGGGGCAAGAGGCGGAGUGGUAGGAGUAGGUAGCACGGCAAAUGCGAGCGUUGAAAGCAGAAGCUCCAGCAGCAGUUCGUCCAGCAGCAGUAGCAGCUCGAGCAGUAGUAGUUCUAGCAGCAGCAGCAGCAGCAGCAGCAGCAGCAGUUCGAGUAGUAGUAGCAGUAGUAGUUGCAGUGAUGCUUCUCAAGAAGCGCAGCAGCAACAAAAAGAGCAGCGGACAUCUCUCCAACGUUACUACGACACUUGGCUACAUGUAGCCGACACAUUGGCCAGUGGAUGCGUCAAUAGUACCCUUGAAAGUGGUUUAGCAAUGGAUCACAUGGCCCACCCGGGACUCCCUCCAGAGUUGUGCCGCAAGGCGGAUCGUGGACUCUUGAGUGACCAAAUUAUGUAUGACGAGCACGGAAACAGAAUGCGUAGUAUGCGUCUCGCUCGCAAGAUGGCGAAGGAGCGCGCAAAGCAAGAAAAGAGGCGUCGUGUGCUGGAGCGGCGUCGCGGUUAUUUUGCACGUGACGAGGAGGAAAAUAAUAUGACCGCGUUGAACGUGUUACUGUCUGACAACAUUCGGGUAGACGACAAGGGCAAUAUGUGGAAGCAUGACGUCGAAGACGACGUGACCAGUAUUGCUAUGAUAUAUGGGCCGUGUGGAGUGGGGAAAACGGCCAUUGUUUAUCUAGCAGCGGCCGUGCUCGGUUAUCGUGUGGUGGAAAUGAAUACUGCGGUGCGGCGAUGCCCGAAAAAUAUUGACCGACUUUUAUCGGAACUGACACGCAGUCACAGACUCAGUGGUUUGGCGAGUUGCAAGCCGUUGAUGUCAAUUGAGGAGGAAUUAAAAAAACUGAAGACGGAACAAGCGAACGAGGCCGAGUUAAGAAAAUCAGCUGCCAAAUCGACACCGGUGAAGAAUAAAAAGGGAAAUGCUAUUUCUGCUAAAGCGGUGGCAGCUUUUUUCAAGAAAAAUGUUCCGGAAAAUGUGGUGGAUGUCCACACAGAAGGGAUUGUGGAAAUUGCGGUAUCGACUGAGAAUGACAACCGUGCACGUGAAAAGGAAAAAGAGGCGGCAGCGAGUGCAGCCCAGCCGUCCACGACAACGCCAAACGCUACCUUGGAUGAAACGACGCGCACCAUAUUAUUGAUUGAAGAUGUAGACGUUAUUCUCGGUGACGAGAGCAUGCGGACUUUCUACACGGCGGUGAAGGAUUUGGCUCAGCGCAGUAAAGUUCCGAUCGUCCUCACAGCCUCUUCCCCCCCUUCCACCACCAUAGGGGGUUCAACCGGGCGCCCUACAAAAGUGGUUGCGGCGGGUAACGACCCUGUCCAAAUGAUUCCCAUGAGUGCAGUUCAAGCAGAGCAAUACUUUGGGAGGCGGACACCAUUCACGCGCAUCGGCCCAAUGUCACGUAGUGAACUGUUCGCACAGAUGGUUGUUGUUGCUGCUGCGGAGCGCGGAUUACUAUCGCUGCGCGAGGACACGGUGCCUUGCCCGCCCAAGAAAAAGUCACGAAGGCGACGGAGGGGGAAAAGAAAGGCAAACUCUACCGAAGGAGAGACAAAGCCUAAGAAGGAGAAGCUGAUCUCGUUCACAACGGUUGUUGUGAAUGACGUGGCGAUGUUUGAAAGCCUUGCUGAUGCACUACGAGAGGAGGUUUACGGAAAUGUCGAGGAUAUCGAACAGUGCCACACAUUGAAUGACCAGACGGAUGUUCGGAGGUGGCUUAAUCGUCUGCAGUAUCUGCUCUUGCGUGAGUUCUGGCCAAUGAACUGCUCCACAUUUACUGAUGACAUCACAUCUCUCCCACUAACAAUCAUCGAGGGGCCACCAACGUCUAAGAUACAUCCAGAUACAGACGACACUGAGGUUUCUAGGAGCGAAUGGGAUGCGCGGCUCGGCCGCAUGUUACGCGAAUCUCCCAACGCCGUCCGCUCUACAAUUGCAUCCUGCUGGGAAUGGAACCAUUUUCAAUAUAGUGAGGAGGCAGCCUCUGUAGCGAUACAUUCGACAACACCAGCGGUUACGCAGUUUUCCGCCCCGGGGCCAGGCGGUACCACAGGUGACGUUACAGAUGAUGGGGGCGCGGAUGUGCCCCCAUGUGAAGCUCGUGGAAGCAACAUUAUUCUCAGCUCGCAAUGUCCCUGUGGCGAAUGCGACGCCUCCUUCAUGCCCUCUGUUGAUAUGCGCGAUCUCUUCGGUUUUCGAACACUGCUAAAUGGUCUUCCUUCACCUGAGCACGCACGGAACUGCAUCACGACUAACGAUCGCAUGAAUGCCUUCGGCUCAUGGUGGCGCCGCACAAAGAAAAAGGAAGCAGCGAAGCUUUUCGUGGCAGGUUGCAGUGAGAAAUCGUACAUGGACGUUAUCGGGUUCAGCUGUCUGCUUCAGCAGUCUACUGUUGUUUUACAUAUAGAUUAG